AUGCCUCCUGAGAGGAUUGAACUCUCGGCCUUUGGUUGUCUUCAGUUUCAGAAAGGGAAGGUGAGAUAUUUAUGGAAAUACCUUCUCUCAUUGUUUGCUUACCCUGCCCCUCACUUGAGGCGCCAAGGCUUCAGUUUUGUUUCUCAGCAGAUUUACAUAAAUUAUUUUUCCUCAUUAACAGCAUGGGAGCCAGGGACUCAGUACGUCUACAAAUACGUCGGUAGAUCGAUCGCUGGUAUUUAUAAAUUCAAGCUUCAAAAUGCUGUCAUUGAACUUCGAAGCCGUGUCAUCAUUCAGAGUAUUGACGAAAACACCCUCAUCGUUAAGCUGACGGAAACUGCUAUUCAACGUGAAGGCAACUGUUUAGCAGAUGGCUAUACGAUUGGCAAAGAUGGUGAUUUCGAAAAUCUUAUCGACAAUGAAAAGGAUAAAAUCCCUAAUUCUGAAAUGCUUGCUGCUCCUUUUGCUAUCUCUCACAACAAAGGAUCAAUUACCAAACUGAAAAUCGAUGCUGAUGAACCGCUGUGGAUUAUUAACAUUAAGAAAAGUAUUGCCAGCCAGUGGCAACUGGACAUAACAGGUGUCCGUCAUGAUGGCCCUCCUCCUAACUGGCAAUCCAUCUCUAAAGAUGGUGAAAGCACAACAUUCUCUGUCUUUGAGGAUUCGAUUAAGGGCGAUUGUAGUACCAUGAUCGAUGUAGACCGAUUGGCAAGGUCACAAGUCUUUAACUCUGAUGCAUUUCAACUGGGUUCGUUCGAUACCGUUUGUAAAGACAUGCCAGUCUAUCACAUUGCCAAAACGAGGGAUUAUAAUCGCUGCAGGACUAAUCCUGUCUGGUUUUCAGCUAAUCCCGGCAGCCAUGAUUGCGAAUUAGACAAGGGGAAUUGUGGUAGUUUCAUGCAUCGAACCGCAAUGGUCAAAUACGUGGCUUGCGGUGAGUCAGUUUCAAAAUUGACUGUCGUAAAUAUUUACGGUUUCAGCGACUUGAUGGUUCAGCCGUUUGCUACCAAAACCGAAGAAUUGCUUAACUCUGUCAUCACUAGUUGGUUCCUCGAAAAAAAAGAAAGCAUCACCUCAUAUUUUGGAAGCUUAAGUUCACCUGGGAUACACACAAGCCUUUCGUACGUCUUUGAUGACUUUCAGCAACUGAACCAAGAUGGAACCCCUGCUCAGCCCAACUUGGUGGACGCUUACAUUAAGAGCUCCAUGGCUGUACCAAUCCUGCACAAGAACAUCGUCGACGCCUUACGAGUGGUGGAACGGAAUCUCAAAGAAACGCCAGCUGUAGAAAUAAAGGACAUCAUUGAGCGAUUGGCCAUCAUUGGCCGUAUUCUACCCAUGUUCUCCUUGGACGAGCUGAAAUCCUUGUGGCAGGAAAUUAAGACGCUGGAUUAUGUUGUGGUGACUUUUUUCAUCGACUGUAUCGUACAGUCAGGCAGCAAUCCGGCUGUCAUGUUGAUCAAAGAAUUGGUCGAGACUGAACAAAUUACUGGACCAAAGGCAAUCUGGGCUUUGGCUGCACUUGGCUAUUUCGCUAAAACGCCUACGCGUGAACUCCUCCACGAAUUGAUGGACUUGCUGAAAUCUAGUCCUCUUCAGUCCAACAAGGCUAUGAUGCAAACCACCAUGGUGACUGUUGCCGAUUUGUUGAAUGCCGUGUGCGGUUCUCCUUUGAAAGCAGCCAAACGGUUCCCUAUUUCCACCUUGGGUGAAUUCUGUGACAGAAAAGAUGCUGUCAUCGUCGAUGAAUUCUUGCCUUGGCUCACCAAGGAACUCGAAUCUACCCAGAAUACGGUAGAUCGCAUAGUUAUCUUGACCGCUUUUGGAUCUUUAGGUGUCGAGGAGAUUAUCCCUAUUUUAUUGCCAAUCAUCCGUGGAACUCCCGGUAAAUUUGACGACACUGCCGAACGUGUUCGUGCCAUCCUUUCCCUCCAUCGUGUUGUGUUCACCAUUCCCGAGAAGAUUCAUCCAAUCUUGGCUAACUUGGCUAGUAGUAUUACAGAACGUCCCGAAAUACGUAUGGCUUCCUUAAGUCUACUGUUAAUGUCUAACGCCCCUCAAACCUUUUGGAAAAAAUUUGCCGGUGGCACUUGGUUCGAUCCUGAUCAUCAAGUAGCUACGUUUACGCAUAACCUGAUCAGUUCACUUACAAAAAUACCGCCGUCGUCUCCUUUGCUAAAGGAAUUGAUCAAGAAAGCUACAAUCGCCUGGCCUAUGGUUAAACCUGCGUCAACGGACCAAUCUUAUUUCUUCCCUGACAUUCGGUCUUCCUAUCUGGACGAAGGUAUUGCUGUGAUGAUACAUAAUCCAACCUACCGUGUCUCCGACGAGCGAUGGCCCGUCUUUAUGGCUAACCGUUAUUUCUACCAACUGGGCCCGUUCUCUGCUGAAGCACUUAACGUUUACCUGUGGAAUUACAACAUGUCAGAUAUUUGGCAAAACGUUUUGGACAAAAUUUACGUUGGUAGUACGACCUCAAAGGAAGAAAACAUUGAAAAGUUAAAGGUGAUUUGGGAUGAAUUGAACGCCACCCCACGCCCGGCUGACAAACGUGCCGGACUUCUACAUUUCAGCCUAAUGGGGUCAAUUAAUCGUUUCAUCGAUUUGGAAAAAUUGGGAAAUUCUAUUCCAGUUUUAUUGGCUAGCCUUGAAAAGUACCAGAACAUGCCCUACGAAGUCAGCGUCACCAAGUACCGCAUGUUGGCUGAAUACAACGUCCGUUUCCCCACCGAACUGGGGCUGCCCAUGCGAUUUUUAGCUACUCUGCCUCUCCUGAUGUCCGUCCAAGGCAGUCUGAAGAGUGAUGGAAAGGGCGGAAUCAAAUCGUGCAUUAAUGCGGAAUUCAGCUUGAAAUUGAGUUCAGAAAUUCGUGUUGAUAUUCCGUUCAACGGCAAGUUCAUCGCUACUGGAGUGGACGUCAGAGUAGAUUUCCGUCCUCCCAGUGAACUGCACUUCAACUAUAAAGUGCCUGGCCAGAUCAAGAUGACUUGGAUACCGGGCAAGAAAUUGAAAUCCUUUUUUUAUUACCACGUCUUUCCCUACACUGUCACCAGUGACUUGACCAAAAGCUUUACACCAAUUCUAGAAGAUCAUGGAACAAACAACAUCGUCCUUAUUGACAAACCAAUUGUGCAUAGAUUGCCAAUUGGUGAUCGUUACGGCGUCAACAUCCAGCUGGCUGAAAAUGUUCAUAUGGUAAAUUCCGAUAAAAUGGUUUGGUGGCAGUGGUUUCAAAAAUGGAACUUUAAUGGCUUGUUCAAUCUCGGCUUCGUUCCCCUAGAACUCCGCGGUCGUCAUCACGCUUUAUUUUAUGAUCCAUCUGGAACCCGUGCGCGUUCAGUUACUUUCUACUUCCAAUACCAGCACGCCACAAAGUCAAGUAAAAACACCCGGAUUUACGAGUCGGGAUUACGCGAAUCGAGAACUGCCGCGGAGGCUGAUUUAAUCAGCCCAGUUUUUCCAGAAUUUUGUCCUGUUCUUGGACGCCUCUUUAAGGAUCUGGAAUGUGGCACUGCUCACUUAUUAAGGGCUGGAAUCAUUACCGAACAGAAGAAUGGAACGUUCAUCCACUUCAACCUUAUUGUUGGUGCGUCCAAGGAUGCCUGGAACACUAAGGAUUUCACCGAUAUCCAAAUCGAGAAGUAUACUACGGGCAACGUUCCAGCAACGAAGGAGGUUGAUUAUUCCAUAUGUUACACAUCAAACCGCACUUGGAAUAACCCUAACACCUACGGCUUUAGCAAAAAUGUUCUACAGUUGGAUGAUGAGAAAAGAAUAGCGUUUGGAGAACAUUGCAAUCAAUCGGAAAUUCGUCUAACAACCAAAGCUUAUCGUGAUCGGGAAGCUGCAAAUGCAGCUUCAGAAAGUCAACAGUGCUUUAAGGAUCAUCCCAUUUUGUACUUGUACGUAAGCUCGGAAUGUACCGAGGCACAACGCAUGGAUCAAACUUACAACAAUUACGAAGUUAUUGCCGAAACCCAAAACUUGUCGGAGACUGCUAACUACUGGAUCAACACUGUUCGUCAAUGGAUUAAUUACAAACUGUAUCCUUUCACCGUGAGACAUAUCCAAGGACAAUCCAACGCUGCCAAUCGUUCUACCCUGACCAUCAAGCGUGAUUUCAACACUGGAACCAGCAACAUAACCUUCGUUCGUCCCACUGAAACUGUCGUUGCUGUCAAUGUCCGCCCUGGAGACGAAACUGUUAACCAAUGGGCUCGUUUCUCACCACUGACGUUUGCGUAUUCCAAAAUCUUUUAUCCAUUGAAUGCUGGUAGAAACUUCUUCCGUGAGGCUUCCAGGUUGAGCUCAGGAGGCAUUUCAGAAGCCAAAUGCGUGAUUGGACAUGAUAAUGUGCAUACCUACGACGAUGUUGUCUACAACUACACCAUCAACGAUUGUCCCCAUGUUUUGAUGACGGACUGUCGGAAAGAAUCGAUGAUCGCCGUUAUUGCCCGAGAGGGUGAUGGAGGAAAAAUUGCCACUGUCAUUAAUGGCCAGGACAUUAUUGAGUUGAAUCCAACAGGUGAUGUCACCGUUAAUGGAGGGAAGACUGUUUACACAAGUUUGCGCAAUCGAGGUCGUAUUGAAAUUCGUUCUCCUGGAUUGAAAGCUAUGGUGGCUGUUAUUUACAAGGAAGACGGGCAUCCUGUCAUGGAAAUGAAACACUUAAACAUGAUCAUCAGGAUCCAUUCAAGUGAAAUGGAGCUGAGUGCUCCCCAACAUCUGCGAGGGCGUCUCUGUGGAUUGUGCGGAGAUUUCAACCAACAAACUCUUGGCGAAUUAAAAACCCCCGAUCGAUGUGUCGUUUCCACAGGUGACCUUAUGGCCGCUAGCUUCAAGCUGAAAGCCGAACGGGACUGUUCUCCCAUCAACGAUGAGAUCUCACGUCGUUUGAAAAAGGAAACGGAAGUUUGUCAAUCGGCUGACCAGUUUAAUCACGUUCACUUAGUUGACGACCUUAUAUAGGUAUCUGUCGGAAUCCCUAUUUGGAUGUAGCUGUCGGCAGGUGAAAUGGUUACCUACUUCUAACCUUGAUUUUAUGAGGUAUUCUCAAUGUUUUAUUCAAGAUUUGGAUCCUUAGCCUGUGUGUGUGUAUGUAUUUCCAAGUUGUUUAGAAAAUCUUAUUCAGAGAGCAAGUGCAAAGCACUAACGGAUCUUUUGCCUUUGUUUGAAUGAGAAAUGGUUUCGUAGGUUAAAAGGCAUUUGUAGUUGAAUCAGGAAUUCGAUCUAUUGAGAUAAUGCUUUUGAUUCUGUAGUUCCAAGUCGUUGAAGGAAACGUGCUUGGAAAUAUAGUAGAGUUUCUUAUUCUUG